UCGCUGUUUAUUUUCUUGACUGAACAGUCUGAACAUGAACAAAUUGAAGAAAUCGAAGAUCUUUGUGCUCAUUAUUUUUAGUUAUCAUUAUUUUUAAUUAUUAUCCUCUCAUCAUCAGCCAUUUCUGCUGUGAGUUUUUUUUAUUUUAAAAUUUGUUGCCUGUGAAAACCAGUUGACUCCUCCGAGUUUCCUCAUUCCUUCCUCCCGAGAUCUCAGGUGGCCCACUUCCAUUUGAGCUUACAUAAGGUUUCACAGACCACAUAACCAUGAAGACCAAGAAACUGAAGCAAAUUGGCAACUACAAGUACAAAAAACAUGAGAAGAAAAAAUUUGGGGCCCACAGUAAGAAAAAAGCGAACUACAGAGCUGAGAAGCUAGAAAUGAAGCAACUGAAGAAGAAAUUAGAUAAAAAGGACCAAAAAAAGAAGGGGAAAGAAUCCGCUGACAAACCCAAAGUGGAGUUGCCGGAAUUGAGUGGUAAAAAAUUAAAAAACUACAAAAUUGCGCAGAAGAAGAAAGCCAAGAAAGAAAAGGAAAAAAUGAAGAAAAUUGAGAAACGUGAAGAUGCAGUUUUAAAUGCCAAAGACCAUGUAGAGUUUGGUGAAGUUGUCCAUGGACCUCCAGAGUUGACAAGCAGACCCCGAGGAAUGGAAGCGCCUGUGAAUGAUCAAAGGAAUGGUUUGCUUCUGCUAGAAAAAUUUCAAACUUCAAUGGACAAACGGAAAUGUACCAAUGCAUCUUCCUCUUCAGUGUUUGGUAAACGUCAAAAACUGAGCAAAGAAAGACUGAAAGAAUUAGAAGAUGAAAGGAAUAGGGUCAUCAAUUCGUAUCGAAGUAUGAAAUCCAAAAGAAAACCAGAAACAAACAUUAGAGAUGGCCCCUCAGAAAAAAAAUACAAGUUGCAUAGUGACUUUGGACCCGCUGAUGAUGUCUAGGUUUGUUUAUUGUACUAUAAUUUUAAUUCAUGUUAUUUUUUCUGAAGAGCGAGUUAUAUUUUGUGCACAUGCUUGGGUGAUGUGCGUGUGAAGUAUGUGAUAAUAUAUAUCUAAUAGCUGCUCUCCUACUCUUUGGGGCUGAGUGACUGUCCCUAAUUACAUUUAGUAUUUUUUCUGGUUCUUUUAUCUCUGUUUUGCCUUUUCAGGCAUCGCAAGGCUUCCCUUCAAAAUUAUAUCCAUUUUAAACUAUGCAGGAAUUUUAGUUGAAGUUUAUUUUUUCAUAAGAAAUCUAAUAAGUCACAAGGAAUGUAUUUUGUUGUUUUACCUCUGUAAAUUUAGAGUCAAAUGUAAGAUAGAAUCACAUAUUUUGGAAAAACUUUAAGAUUAUAGCAACUUGAACCUUGCAGUUAUCUGUAAGGAGCUAGGGAGGUAUAGUUUACUGGUGUAAACAUGGUGUUUGUUUCAUCGUGAUUUAUAACUCCUCAAGAUUCGAGUGCAGUCUAUUGAUCAGCAAGCAAAUUUUUCGUUCACAAGUGGCUCUGAACUGUUCUCUAAAUCAUUGAAAUAGGAGUUUUCUAGUAAUUUGUCUCUCAUGUGAGUAACAAUCCACUAUUUUUUCAUCUUGAAAUUUUUGGAAUUGAAGCAAUUUUUGGCAUAAAGAUGUCACUGAAUAUUUUGAAAAAAGCAAAACUGAUUACAUUCUGUCAUUUUGUAUAAGAACUCCUAAUUUUCCACACUUGAAAUCGUUAACUACAUUUUAAUUUUCGUCAUGAAAACCAGAUUCUCUGUAAGCCAUCUUCUUCUGAAACAAAUUAUCAAACAUAAAUUUUUAGUUGGUAAUGACUUUUUCCAUUCUACAUCUUUGUGUUAAUAAGUUCAUUACUCGUGGGUAUCCUUUUUUCCAAAUUUUGGUCGUUGUUUUUACCUGUCUGUUCACCCUCUUACCACCCAUCAUUUUGUUUUAAUUGAAAGUCAGGAAUGUUAACUCUCUUCAGGUUUGCUAGGUUCCUUCAAAACUGGCUGUACCCUUUUUGUGGGUAUAUAUCGAGGUACAAAGAUUUAUUGGAAAAGAUGUGUGUGACCUUUGAAAAGUGGUAGUUUCUGAAGUAAAAUGAAGUAUUUUGAGAUACUACAAUUUUUCUGAAUUUUACAGAACCUAUUAAUUCAUAUCCACAAGUUCCCUCCCCUCGGUCACUUAGGAGUCGCUCUAGAUGUACAAUUUGCAAAAUAUUGAGGAAAUGUUUGAGAAAGUUAGUCCUAUUUUUUUAAAAUAUUUCUCGCUAAAGUUUAAGGAAAGUGUAAUGUUGGAAUAAGUAUGGGUAUAUUUUUAGUUUCAACUGUUAGUAAGUUUUACCUUUGGUUGAUCCUAAAACUUUAAUUCUUAAUUUGUAAUAUUAUUCUGGAGAUGCAGUUGGCAGAUGGUUUUUCUUCAAGAGUAAUGAAGGAGAGAGAAAUAUAAGUAUGAAGGGUCUUGUUUAUUUCAUUCAUUUUUAUCUGAAAAUUAUUUACUUAGGUCUGAAAAUAUAUCUUCUCACUGUUUCAAAUGGAAAAAGGUCCAAGUCCCUUCAUUUAGUAAACUAGUACUUCUUCAGGUAGUCUUUCCUCUUUGAAAAAAUUAACUCAUUGGAAUUAAAUUCAUCUUUGACAGAUUUUUAGUGCUGUUAGAAUCUUAUAAUCAAAAUCUCCCUCAGUUGUGAGAUUUUUCGUUUGUGGAUACAGCAACCCAUUUUGGCCUGUCCACAAUGACCAUAAACUCAUAUUUAUUAAACUGAUGUGACUACACUCCUCCCAGCCUUAUAUUUUUCCUUCCGAGUCUUUUAAGCGCCUCUGAGUUCAUUUGUAAAUAAGAGUUACAAUUAGGGACCUAAAGUAGAUAUGGCUUUGGUUUUUCAACCACUUGUGGAAUCAAAUUAAGCUUUUCAGAUUCAGUAAAAAUAAAUAAUAAAUCGACACAUCAAAUAAUCUGGCUCAAACAUUACAGACCUGAAUGAGAUCUGAUAAAAAAAUGAAGAUACCUGUGUCAUUAUGAGUCAGAUUCAAGAAAUUUAGUUACCUUACUGAUUAUUGUCUAUGUAAUUGUAGUCAGAUAUUCUUUGCAGGAGGAUCUUGAUGAACUGUUCAGGACAAGCAUUUUUAGUUUUGUCUUCGGUCAUUUGUGAUUAGGAUUGUUUCAGACAGUUUUAUCUUGUGGCAGGGAAAUUCUUUAAGUGAGUUCUCCUCCAAGGCAGAAUAUCUCUGUUUUCACAGGAAGUAACUUUUUUGCCACAUGCCAAUUGAACCGUGUUCAAUAAAUUGAUUAGUACCGUGCUGCUACAGAUACAUGCACAUCUAUUGACCAGCUGUGACCAUAAAUUUAUGUUCAAGCAAUUGUUCCAAUAAAAACGGAAGAAGAAGAAAAAAAUUUAAUU